AUGUAUCUUCUUUCUCUCCUCCUGCCAGUCUUUCUUCUAUUACCCAGAGCUGAAGCUGGGGAGAUCAUUGGAGGCAAUGAAUGCACGCCACACUCCCGCCCCUACAUGGCCUACUUGGAAAUUGUCACUCCCGAGGGUCACCUGAUCAGCUGUGGAGGUUUCCUGAUAAGACGGAACUUUGUUCUGACAGCUGCUCACUGUUCAGGAAGCUCUAUAACAGCGAUCCUUGGAGCACAUAACAUAAAAGAAAAGCAAGACACAUGGCAGAUGCACAAGGUCAUAAAACAAUUUCCUCAUCCAAAAUACAACGGCUUUACUGUUCAAAAUGACAUCAUGUUACUAAAGUUAAAGGACAAAGCCAACUUGACCCUGGCCGUGGGAACACUCCCCAUCCCAUCCCAGUCCAACUCUGACCCAGUGGGAAGAGUGUGCCGGGUGACAGGCUGGGGAAGAACAGGAGUGAUGGAACCAUCGUCAGAUAUUUUGCGGGAGGUGAAGCAGAGGCUCAUGGAUCCCCAGGCCUGCAAACGCUAUCCAGAUUUUGACCCCAAAUCCCAGCUCUGUGUGGGCAACCCCAAGAAGAUAAACUCUGCAUACAAGGGAGAUUCAGGGGGCCCUCUUCUAUGUGCUGGAGUGGCCCAAGGCAUUGUUUCCUAUGGACGAGGGGAUGCCAAACCUCCCGCAGUCUUCACCCGAAUCUCGUAUUUCCGGUCUUGGAUCAACAAAGUCCUGAAGGAGAAUUAA